ACAAGAUCAUACAUCAGACUCUAUGGUCGAGGAUGACUAUGACGAAGAUGUCAUAUUUGAGGAGGACGAGGAAGAGGAUGAGGCAUACUUUUUCGCCGGUCAAGAAGACGAGGAGGAGGGAACCGAUGUCGACACAUAUGAGCAAGAGAAUCAUGAGCCUAAUGUCCCAGAUCCAUAUGACCGGGUCUAUGCUAAUGUCCCAUCAGAGUCGCACAUGUUAGCCUUGGUGCCGAACUGCAAGCACUGUAACGCAAAGAAAUUCGAUGGCGAACCCCCCGGAUUCUGUUGUAGGGGUGGAAAGAUCCAUCUUUCAAGUCCUGAGACACCACCAGAGCUCAUGAGGUUGUGGUCAAGCUCGGACGCUGAUGCUAGGCACUUUCGUGCAAACAUCAGAUACUUCAACGACCACUUCUCUUUCAUGUCUUUGUACUGCCACCUAGAUCGUAUCACCACUAACAUGCGAAUCUGUGGUGUCUACACAUUUCGUGCCCAUGGUUAGAUUUACCAUAACAUAAGAUCAUUUGGUAAAGAGGAGGGUGUCGAAAAAAGACACA